AUGGCUCAACUAUCGCAGUUCUAUCUUUUGUCGCUCAUAAGUAUGAGCUGCGCCUCCUCGAUGAUUUCUGGUUUCUCGAUCAACUCUCUCAGGGGCCGUAGAGAGCAGUUUGAGGCGAUUCCUCUGAAUAUCGCAAUGCUGAGCGCAAAAGAACCGUAUGACAAUGUUCAUGAGCAUCAGAUUCAGAGCAUGUAUGAAAGCUACUCUAUUCUGGGAAUAGUCUGCAUCCACUGA